AUUUAUAUGAAAACACAAAUCAGUAACAACACUGGGAGAUCCAGAGGUCAUGUCUUAUCAGGAAAGGUCUCCAGUGGAGACUCUGAUAGUAGCUCCCCUGGAGAAGAAUCAUUAUAUCAACAUUACCUUAUGGGCUGCAAGAAAUAUCUAAACAAGUCUACUUGGUCUAACAAGUGUAGCAAUUUUGAUGAUAUUUCAGAGCAACAUGCUUUUCAGUUUGAACAAGCCUCAUCGCAUAAUCCCGAAGUACAAGAGGACCAAAUGGAAGUAGACGAGCAACAAGAAACAGUAAUUCCCUUAGAUCAUGCUUCAAGUCAGCUGAAGACUCCUUUCAGUAAGUUUCAAGACAGAGGGAUAAAUCAGUCAGAAUUCCCAUUAGAAGGAUCAAAUUUUGUUGGCAAUAUUCCUGAAAAUCGAAAAAUGCUAACUGUUCAACUUCAUGGGAAAGAUGGAAAACUAGUCUUUAAGUCAUCCUGCAUUGUAGAUACUACAAAGAAAAGCAUUUUCCAGUUGAACUUGGGCGAAGGUAGUAUGGUGGAGUUUAAAUCAUUGUAA